AUGGAUCUAGUGGUGAUAAUGGACGGCACUAUCUCACUCGGUUACGAACAUUUCAAUAUUCAAAGAGAUUUCGUCCUGUCAGUAUUAUCGAAAAUGAAAUUUGGCCCUCAAGCAACGCAACUUGGCAUCAUUCAAUUCAGCGACGACCGGAGAACUUCAGUCGAGAUGGAAAUAGGAAGGCAUGGGAGGCAGGAAGAUGUGUUAAAGAAUGUGUCCAACAUUGUGUAUCAACAAGGUUUGCAAACCAAGACUGGUUUGGCAAUGCAUUUAGGCUACGAACAGUUUUUUGGUGGUAAUAGCCAAUCCCGCCGUGGAGUUGACAAGGUCAUACUUUUGAUUACCGACGGAAAACCAGUCGAUAAUAAUUUGUUGCAAAAUGUCGUCAAAGACCUCAACGAUAAGGACGUGAGGAUUGUGAGUGUUGCCAUUGGAACAAGCAAUCACCGCAUACAAAGAUUUCGUUACAUAGUAAGAACCAUCGCAAGUGGCUUUAAUCAGGGCUUCAAAGCCGAGCAUCGAAAAUUAAAAUCUUUGGUGGAUGAUGUAGCAAGAGAAGUCUGCACGUUAAAAAAGAUACCUGCGCCUCCAGAAAAAAAGGAUAUUUUGUUUGCGUUGGAUGGAUCGACACAAGUGGACACUUACAUAUUCAACAAGGCAAAGUCGCUUGUUGCACAGAUCUGUGCCCAAUUGGACAUCACUCCUAAUCUUAUUCAUGUUGCUAUGCUCCAGUACAGUGACGAGCUGAAUACCAGAAUUGAGUUUGACUUAGAUCAAUAUACCAAAUAUUAUCAAAUCAACGAAUCGUUACAGAAUGUUUUCCAUUCAAAAGGAAGAAGAUCAGAUUUAGAAAAGGCCUUAAGUAUUGUUGAUGAAAAGAUUUUUAAUGGUAAAAAUGGCGAUCGGAUCAGUGCGGAGGACUAUCUACUACUAUUUCUAAACGACGCUGUUAGGCAAAGCGAGAACAUUAUUAACAAAGUAAAAAGUUUAAAAGAGAAAGGAGUCCAUGUGAUCAUUGUUGGAUUAGGAAGACUUCAGCUAGAUUUCUACGAAACGUUAGCGUCCCAUCCUAGUGAUGUGAAUUACAUUGACUCUGUCAAGUUGAAACACAUAGUUGGUGAUCUUACUGCAAUUACCUGUAGAAAAGUGAAUUGCGAGGAGGAGAAAGAUGAAACUCAGAAAGGUAAAACAACAAAAUCGCAGCAAAAAAUUAAAAAUUUAAACGUUUACAAAAAAGAUGGUUAA